GGUUUCUGCCGUUUCUUCUUUCUUCCUUUUUUCUAUUUUUGUGUUUUGUUUUGGAUGAACUGAGUUUUCUGGUCGUCGUUGUUGAGUUCUUGGUGAUGUCUGUGCUCUCGGUGCUCGCGCUAGGCUGCACGGGCGCAGCUGUAGCUCGUCCCAGUCCCUGUGCGUGUGGCACGGCACCACGCGCCUGCUGUCAUCUCCCGGAGUCGUCCCCCUCCUCAGGCUCCUUACUGUUGCAGAGUUACAGAGAGGCAGAGGCAGGGAGAGGUCUCCUUCCACUGGUUCACUCCCAGAUGGCUGUGACAGCUGGAGCUGUGCUGAUCAGGAGCCAGGAGCUUCCUCUGGGUCUCCCACGUGGGUGCAGGGGUCCAAGCACUUGGGCCAUCUUCCACUGCUUUCCCAGGCCACAGCAGAGAGCUGGAUCAGAAGUGGAGCUGUCGGGUCUCGAACUGGUGACCAUAUGGGAUGCCGGCACUGCGGGCAAUGGCUUUUCAGUGCCAGCCCACUUGUUACUGUUUUGUUUGUUUUUUUAAAAUUUAUUUUAUUGGGGCCAGCACUGUGGCACAGCGGGUUAAAGCCCCAGCCUGCAGCGUCAGCAUCCCAUAUGGGCACCAGUUCUAAUCCUGGCUGCUCCUCUUCCGAUCUAGCUCUCUGCUGUGGCCUGGGAAAGCAGUAGAAGAUGGUCCAAGUCCUUGGGCCCUGCACCCAUGUGGGAGACCUGGAAGAAGCUCCUGGCUCCUGGCUUUGGAACAGCGCAGCUCCAGCCGUUGCGGCCACCUGGGGAGUGAACCAGCAGAUGGAAGACCUCUCUCUAUCUCUACUUCUCUCUGUAACUUUGUCUUUCAAAUAAACAAAAUAAAUCUUUUAAAAAAUUUAUUUUCUUUAUUUGAAAAAGUUACAGAGAGAGAGAGAGGUCUUCCAUCCCCUGGUUCACUCCCCAAAUGACUGCAGCAGCCAGAGCUGAGCCGACCUGAAGCCAGGAGCCAGGAGCUUCCUCCGGGUCUCCCAUGGGGGUGCAGGGCCCCAGGACUUGGCCCAUCUUCCACUGCUUUCCCAGGCGCAUUAGCAGGGAGCUGGAUGGGAAGUGGAGCAGCCGGCACUUGAACAGGCGCCCACAUGGGGCUUUAACCCGCUGCGCUGCUGCGCCGGCCCCUGGCUACUGCUUCAGUAGUUGUCUUGGACAAGAUCUAAGUGAUGAGAAAGCUGUCUUAGGUGCUCCUCCACACAGGCUCCGCUUUGUGUCCCGUGUGUGUGUGUGUGUGUGUGUGUGUCCCUUACGUGUGUGUGUGUGUGGUAUGUGUAGAUGUGUGGUGUGUGUCCCGUGUGUGUGUGUGUCGGUGUGUGUUGGUGUGUCUUGUGCCUGUGGUGUGUGUGUGUCCCGUGUUGGUGUGUGGGUGGGUGGGUGUGUGUCGGUAUGUGUAUGUGUGUGUCUGUGUGUCCCGUGUGUGUGGAUGUGUGUCCUGGGUGUGUGAUUGUGUGUGUCCUGUGUGGGCGUGUGUGUGUCCCAUGUAUGUGUGUGCGCCUUGUGUGUGUGUGUGCCCUGUGUGUUGGUGUGUGUCCCGUGUGUGUGUGUGUGUGUGUCAGUGUGUCCUGUGUGUGUGGAUGUGUGUCCUGGGUGUGUGUAAUGUGUGUGUGUGUCCUGUGUGGGUGGGUGUGUGCCUGUGUGUGUGUCUGGGUGUGUGUGUGUGUGUGUCCCGUGUGUGUGGAUGUGUGUCCUGUGUGUUGGUGUGUGUGCGUCUGGGUGUGUGUCCCGUGUGUGUGUGUGUGUGUGUGUGUCGUGUGUGCAGACCCGUGUUUCUGGACGGUACGGUUUCCCUCCGCCCCAGGGACGUGCGCUGACGUUGCUGAUGACGUGGGGCUGGCGAGGGUCGCGUGCAGCCUCUGCCUGGGACGAGGUGUGCUGGGGGGGGCUCUGGGCCGGUGCUUUCCUGCCUGCGGUUUCUGGGGAGACACCUGCUUCCGCCUUGUCCCUGGGGCGGGCGUCUCCAGCUUUCCUGCCCUACGAGGCCCUGCGUGGGAGCUGGCCAGUUGCUGGUUUGAGCAGCCGCUGCCCGCGCCAUGCUCGGUCCCCUCCCUGCUUGUGUUUUGUGGUCGUUGACCUCCCGGUCCCUGGCUUUCCGGCCUCACCAGCUUCGAGAAUGUUCCGGCCGCUCUUUCUCCAGGGACGCCCCCCCGCCCCUCUUCCUGGGGGGCUGCAGCUGCACGGACCUCUGGCUGCCUAGUGUUUGCCCACGUGCGCUCUCUGUCUCUCGAUUCCUCCAUGUUUUGUUUUGGAUCGUCGCGUCUGCUGUUGUCUUUGAUUGCUGUGAGAACACGGAGCUGAGACUGCCGUCUUCACGUGUUGAAUGCGCAUUGCGGUGCGGCUGGCGGCCCGUGCGUGCAGGAGCUGCCCCUGUUGACUGCUCCGGCCUUCGGCUCUCGUGUGGAGUCUCACGUCUGUCCAUCCGGUGUCGUUGCGUCGGAUGCCCAGAAAUAAGAUUCGCUCUUUUUUUAUAUCUUGGUGCUUUGACUUAAUUUUUUGAGCGUUGGGGAUACUGGGAUGGUAACUUUUUUUUUUUUUUUUUUUAAGAUUUGCUUAUUUAUUUGAAAGGCAGAGUUAGAGAAAGAGAACCUUCCAUCCGCUGUGGGACUCGCCAAAUGGCUGCAAUGGCCAGGGCUGGGCCAGGCUGAAGCCAGGAGACAGGAGCUUCAUCCAGGUCUCCCACGUGGUGCAGGGGCCCAACUCCCUGGGCCACCUUCUGCUGCCUUACAUUAGCGUGGAGCUGGAUUGGAAAUGGAGCGGCGGGACUUGAACCCGCACCCGCGUGGAAUGCCGGCUUUGCAGGCGGCGGCUUACCCCCUCUGCGCCAUGUGCCAGCGCCCGCCCCGGCGUUCUCCGGGCAGUCUCUUCACACCGUCCCGCUGGCUCUACCCCUGUGUCUCCUGUGCCUGGUGCCUGCCACCGCCUGCUUGCGCCCCUUUCCCCUCGUACGUUCUGUGUUUCUGUUUCCUGUCAGUAUGGUUUUAUGCUCCGGGUUGUGGUUUUAGGACUCGAGGGGCCGUCUCAGGGGAGAAGCAGCCCGGGGCAGAGGUGGGGCCUCCUUCCUCCUCCCUGUUGGCUCUCGUGUUCCUUGUGACUCCUUGGGGGGGCCGAGACCCCUGCGCUUGCUGUAGUGACGUGACCACGAGGAAGCGACGAACAGCACACUUCUCAGUCCACAGUUUCCGUGGCCAGGGGUCCUGGCGCGGCUUAGCCGGCUGCGGCCAGGUGUGGCUGGCGCCUCUGCCUCUGCGCAGCGCCCGGUCUGGCGGGCCCUUGGCUGGAUUUCUUGCCGGUUGUCAGUGGAGGCCGCUGGCAGCUGCUUGUCCGUCGGCCUCCCGACCUGGCCGCUCUUCCUCCAAGCUGGCAAGCGCCAGAGUGACCGUGUCCCGUACGGGGGAGUGCGGCUGCCUCACCGCCGCGGCCUGGUGCUCACGGGCAAGUGUCAGGCCCCGCGCACACGCCGGGGCGACGGAGCAAGGCCUGGAGCCGGGGCUGGGCUCCCGGGCCGCCGCCACCCUGCUGUGGUGCCCUCUGUGCUGUGGGCUGUGCUGAGGCACGGCGGCUGGGCGCAGGGCCGAGUCCAGUUGUUUUCUGAAUUGUGGAAGAUUAAAAAAAUGAGUCAAAAACCAGAAAGCCACGUCCGUGUAGUUGUUUGCCUUUAGUGUGCGGUUGCCGCCCUCGUGUGGCCCUGGGCUUGUGGCCACUAGUUUGCUGAGGCCCGCGUGCUGGGGGCUCCGUCCGCGCCUUCCUGCGCAGGUGGGCGGAGUCCUGCGUGACCGUCGGCGCUGGCGCAUGGGACGUGCUGUGCCGCGCCGUGGGCCUGCGCGGUGCCUGCCGAGAGUCCAGCCGUGAACCUGACCAUGGGCCUGCCUGGGAGCCGCGCCUCUCCUCCUGUGCAGCGCUCCGGCUGUCUGCAUUUUUUUGUGGAUUUUUAUUUAGUUGAGAGGCAGAGAGGAAGAGGGGAGGGGGGAGAGGGGAAGUGGAGGGGAGAGAGCGAUUAUCCUGCCUCUCUGGUCCACUCCCCAAAUGCCUGUGACAAGCUGGAGCCGGGAACUCAGUCCAGGUCUCCCAGGUGGGGAGCAGGACCCCACUGGCCACGCCCCGCCUGCUGCCUCCAGGUGUCCCAGGUGGGGAGCAGGACCCCGCUGGCCACGCCCCACCUGCUGCCUCCAGGUCUCCCAGGUGUCCCAGGUGGGGAGCAGGACCCCGCUGGCCACACCCCACCUGCUGCCUCCAGGUCUCCCAGGUGGGGAGCAGGACCCCGCUGGCCACACCCCACUUGCUGCCUCCAGGUGUCCCAGGUGUCCCAGGUGGGGAGCAGGACCCCACUGGCCGCGCCCCACCUGCUGUCUCCAGGUGCGUCUCAGCAGGAAGCGGGCCAGGACUGCAGCCCAGGCUGUGAGGCAGGAUGUGGGUGUCCCAGUCGUGUCCUGGGCACCAGGCCCAUGCCCACCCACACCUUUGUCCCAGUUCAUGUCUGGUGGCGCUCUGCAAACUUGAUGGAGUCCGGAGCUUCUUGGGCGUGUGGAUUCGUGUUUUUCAUUAAGUGUGAUGUUUUUGGCCGCUGUUUCUUUCAGAUAUUCCUUCUGCCCCCUCUCGCCCCCUGUCUGUGUGGGGCUCCUGCUGUGCGUGUGCCCCACAGGGCUCCGCUGUUUCCCUUCAUUCUCUCUCUGUGCACAGACGGCACGCUCUCCGCUCACCCGUCUUUAGGUCACCGCUGUCCCGCCCACUGCCGCUGCCUGCCGAGCCUUGCUCGUGGACUCCACUGCCCGCGUCCCGGGUCCUGGGUCCCUGUGGGGCUUUCUUGGUGUCUGCCCCGGUGCGCUCUCUGCGUGCGAAUUCUCGUCUCGCGCUUGUUGGUCUCGCUGGGUUUCCUGUUGCUUGUUGCGUGUGAAGGGGCUGUACUGCCCUCAUCUGUAAGACCCGGCACCCGGGCCCUCGGCGCGGAACCUCCUGAUGGAUUGCUGCUCUCGGAAAAUGUUUUUAAGGCCAGCGCCACGGCUCACUAGGCUAAUUCUCCGUCUGCGGCGCCGGCACCCGGGUUCUAGUCCCGGUCGGGGCGCCAGGUUCUGUCCCGGUUGCCCCUCUUCCAGGCCAGCUCUCUGCUGUGGCCUGGGAGUGCAGUGGAGGAUGGCCCAAGUGCUUGUGCCCUGCACCCCAUGGGAGACCAGGAGAAACACCUGGCUCCUGGCUUUGGAUCGGUGCAGCGCGCUGGCCGCAACGCACUGGCUGUAGCAGCCACUUGGGAGCUGAACCAACGGAAAAAGGAAGACCUUUCUCUCUGUCUCUUUCACUGUCUAACUCUGCCUGUCAAAAACAAAAAAAUUUUUUUUUUUUUUUUGACAGGCAGAGUGGACAGUGAGAGAGAGAGACAGAGAGAAAGAUCUUCCUUGGCCGUUGGUUCACCCUCCAAUGGCCGCCGUGGCCGGCGCGCUGCGGCCAGGCCGGCGCACUGCGCUCAUCCGAUGGCAGGAGCCAGGUGCUUCUCCUGGUCUCCCAUGGGGUGCAGGGCCCAAGCACUUGGGCCAUCCUCCACUGCACUCCCGGGCCACAGCAUAGAGCUGGCCUGGAAGAGGGGCAACCGGGACAGAAUCCGGCGCCCCGACCGGGACUAGAACCUGGUGUGCCGGCGCCACAAGGCGGAGGAUUAGCCUAGUGAGCUGCGGCGCCGGCCAAAAACAAAAAUGUUUUUAAAAGAUUUAUUUUAUUUGAAAGAGAGAAAGAGAGAUCUUCCAUCCUCUGGUCCACUCCCCAAAUGACCACAGCAGCCAGAGCUGGGCCAGGCCAAAGCCAGGAGCCAGGAGCUUCAUCUGUAUCUCCCACGUGGGUCCCAGGAGCCCAAGUACUUGGGGCAUCUUUUGCUGCUGUCCCGGGUGCAGCAGCAGGGAGCUGACAGGUCGGAAGCCGAGCAGGUGGGACUCGAAGCCCCUCGCGCCACAGGCGGGCCCCUGCAGCCUGCUCUGCUUGGCUGUGUCCGGGCCCUGCCUUGGCUCUGCUGUCCUGCUGCGUUUAUUGCCAGUGCGGUGACGUGGGCGUCCUGGAGACGCAGCCCCCUCCCCGCCACAGUGUUGGUUGCUGAGAUCUCUCCUUGGCUUUGUAGCCAGCUGGGGACUAGAGUUCCCUCAGGCUCCUGGAACCAGUGCGUCUCCCGGUGUCUGGGGCGCACGGGCAGCCCCCAGCCAGGCUGUGUCCAGCCCUGGCUCUCACUUCCUGUGUGUGCAGUGCCUCCAGAUGAAGCGGAGGCGGGGCGUGGGGCCUCGUGGUCUCCCCUGGGCGUGUGCACUGACCCCAAGCUGGGUUUCCAGAUUCCCAGGAACGUGGUGUUGGGGUUGGCCGCUGCUUUGCUCCCACCACGAGCCCCUGCCCCAGAGGGCCACGGUGUCCAGCAGCUGCCUCUGCUGCCGGGAAAAGGCCGUGGAGGCCUGCUGGGAAGGCUUUGUGGGGGUCCGGCCCCGUCCGCCCUCGGGGCCUGCAGGCGCCCCUAGGAUGGGCAGGGGACGGCUGGCACCAGGGCGGCUACAACAGGCACGGCUCACAGUUCCUGAGAGUCGGCCGGCCCCGCGUGGACAGCCCGCUGCGCUGAGGCAGAGCUUAGGGAACCUUCCAGAACUCUCGGAGCUGACUCCAGCUGUUCUGCCGGUGGUGGUGUUGCGUUAAUGGAGGAGAGAGUGCAGGGGUCGUCACUCCGUGCCUGGCUUUAAAUGGAGCACCUGGGGAAGUGAGGGCCGGCCCUGCCCACUGCGCUGCCGCUCGGUCCCCCCUGGCGGCCUUAGGAGCCAGGCCAGUUUCUGGGAGUGCUUCUCCUUUAGAGUUGGCCUCUGGAGCUGGUGGUGGUGCCACACUUAGCCCAGCACUGGCGCGCGGUUUGAGUCCCUGCUGCUCUGCUUCUGACCCAGGUCCCUGCCGGUGUGCCUGGGGAGGCAGCAGGUGCCUGGGCUCCUGCUGCCCACGGGGGAGACCGGGGUGGAGCCGCGGGCAUCUGGGGGGUGAGCCAGUGGACGGAAGAUUGAUCUCUGUGUGUGUGUCUGUGUGUGUCUGUCACUCUGCCUUUCAAAUAAGUAGAUGUUAACCAAAAGUACACAUUCCUUUGGCACCGUGAGGCUGCAUCUGUGAUCUGACCACGUCUCUGUUAUGCAGAGUCCAGGCCCCUUCCCGCGUCCCGUGCGGCCCCUUCCCGCGUCCUGUGAGGCCCCUUCCCAGCCGCCUCUGAAGGUCCGGGCCCCUUCCCGCGUCCUGUGCGGCCCCUUCCCGCGUCCCGUGCGGCCCCUUCCCAGCCGCCUCUGAAGGUCCGGGCUUGAGGAGUCCUUCCAGACGUACCUGGGGCUUCAGAACGGUGUGGGUUGGGCCACGCUGUGGCGUGGCGGCUACAGCAGCUUACCUGCCGUGCCCGAAGCCGGCCGGUUCCAUGAGCUUUUUGACGAUUCCUCUGUGCAAGGAUUUCAAAAUUUUCUUGCACCAAAAUGAACUCAACUUCAUUUUCUACAAACUUUUUGAGGUCCUCUUGUAUAUCAUAAAAUAGUACGGGUGUCUGUAGCGUGAUUCAUACGGCUACAAACCAGCAUUUACCAAAGCCACACGCCCUCAUUCAGAUAGGAGACACGUGUGAGCCACGUUUUCCCGUGAGAACAGCUCGGGUGGGCCUGCCCGGGCCCAGGCCGCCUGCAGGAGUUGGCGUGGGGCUGGGGCCGGGCCUGCCCACCCGUGUUCUCACUGCGAUGCUGCAUACCCCAGGAAGGAAUGGGGCAGUGGUUCUGUGUCGUCAGAUGCGUGGGCUUUCUCUGCGUGCUUGCCCAGCCGAGAACUGUUCUGUCUAAAAUCCUCAGAGGAGAAUUAAACGCUGAAGUCAGAGCCGAUGUGGUUGUGAUGUGUAAAAUUAGAUUAUUCUGUGGUUCAGGGCCACGGCCGCUGGCGAUUGAUGGCCAGUGUGGUCGCGGCCACAGCCCCGGCUGCAUAUCACGCAGGCGGGCGGGAACCUGGCCCGUUAUCUUUAGAUUUAUUUACUUGAAAGGCAGUGUUGCAGAAGAGUGGGAGAAAGGGUGGGGAGGGAGAAUCUUCUGUCCACUGGCGCUGCCUCACUCCAAAUGGCUGCAGCGGCCAGUGCUGGGCCGGGCCGAAGCCAGGAACCUGGCACGGCGCCCGUCUCCUCCGCGGUCGCGGGGGCCGAGUGUUUGGACCAUCUCCUACUGCUCCCCAGACUCGUCAGUAGGGAGCUGGAUGGGAAGUGGAGCAGCUGGGACUUGAACCAGGUCUGGUGUGGGAGUCGAGUGUCCCAAGUGACAGCUGAGCCCACCUGUGCCACAGCACCCACCCUGGAACCAGAAGGUUUUUAAAAAAUGAGUUUGAGGGGCCCGUGCUGUGGCGCAGCGGGUUAAAGCCCUGGCCUGAAGUGCCAACAUCCCAUAUGGACGCCGGUUCGAGACCCGGCUGCCCCACUUCUGAUCCAGCUCUCUGCUGUGGCCUGGGAAAGCAGUGGAAGAUGACCCAAGUGCUUGGGCCCCUGCACCCACGUGGGAAGACCUGGAGGAAGCUCCAGGCUCCUGGCUUCGGAUCGGCUCAGCUCCAGCCGUUGCGUCCAUCUGGGGAGUGAAUCAGCAGAUGGAAGACCUCUUUCUUUGUCUCUUAUCUCUCUCUGCCUGUGCGCUUUUCAAAUAAAAUAAAUUAAAAAAAAAAAAAAGAAUUUGAAAGGCAGAAAGCAGUCUCUUAUCUGCUAGUUUUUUCUUAAAUGCCCACAACUGCUGAAGACAGGAGCCGGAAGCUCCAUCUGGGUCUCCCACGUGGGUGGCAGGGACCCGGCCACUUGAGUUGUCACCUGCUGCUUCCCAGGGCGUGUGUCAGCAGGAGGCCGGAGUCGGGGCAGACUCAGGACUUGAACCCAGGGCCUGCAGUAUAGUACACGGGCGUCCCAAGUGGCUUCCGAAUUGCUAGUCCAAACCCCUGCCCCAAAGAUGAGAGAUUAAUCUUCCUUCCUUGUUCUUACUUUAAGAUAAAUUUACUCCACACCACCUCCCCUUUUUUUCAAUUUGAGAGGCAAAGACAGAAAGAGACACAAGGGAGCUCUUAUCCACUGGUUCACUCCCCGGAAACCCGCCCCAGCCGUGCCUGGGCUGGGCUAGGCUGAAGCCGGGCGCUGGGAGUCAGCCCAGGUCUCCAGGUGAGGGGCAGGAGACAUCACCUGCCGCCUCCCAGUGUCUGCACUGACUGGAAGCUGGAACUGGGAGCUGGGGCCAGGACUGGACCCAGGCAGUGCAGCGUGGGGUGUGGGUGCCUCGGGUGCCGGGCGCAGCGCCCGCCCCGUGCACAGUAGCGCAGCGUGGGGUGUGGGCGCAGCGCCCGCCUCGUGCACAGUAGCACAGCGUGGGGUGUGGGCGCAGCGCCCACCCCGUGCACAGUAAUGCAGUGUGGGGUGUGGGCAUCUCGGGUGCCGGGCGCAGUGCCUGCCCCGUGCACAGUAGCGCAGCGUGGGGUGUGGGCCUCGGGUGCCGGGCGCAGUGCCUGCCCCGUGCACAGUAAUGCAGCGUGGGGUGUGGGCGCAGCGCCCGCCCCGUGCAGUUUUGAGCACGGCUGGCGGGCGGAGCAGCCCCCUCACCGCCUGUCUCGUUGCCGGUGUGGUUGUGGCUGUGAGGAAGCAGCCAGGGCCCCCGUGACCCCGGUGCCCUGUC